AGGACCUCAAUAUAAGAGUGAUGUUAAAAAGGGAGAACUGAGAACCAUCUAUCUGUUUGUGUAACUAAGGUACCAGGAAAUCCAAGUGAAUGUUUCAGAAAGAAAGCUUCUUAGUUUCCACAACAUUUGUUCUGGUCCGGGGACCUAACCUAGAGUAAAGCGCCAUUCCGAGAACAACGCAUCGCCUUUUUUUAACCAUUUUGCCACAUUGCGGAAUUCCGCAGAAGCGAUUUGCGAUAACUGAGUGAUGCUUCUAAUCUGGGUGCUCAUCGCCAGCGCGAUAUGCGCUACAGCGGAAAUUGAAAAUGACUCACUGACUGCAAAACGGCAAAAUGGGCCCAUCAUUUCAUACGCACAGAAGAACACCACAAAGCUGGCGAAUACGGUGAAAAAUUCACUCACUUGUGAAAAGCGCCCUGCCGCCGGUCCAUGCCGAUCAUACCAGCCCACUUGGUAUUUUGAUACUAGAAAGCAAAAAUGUAAAAUGUUCAUUUACGGUGGCUGUGGAGGUAAUGAAAACAAGUUUACUUCGGAACACAAGUGCCAGCAGGUUUGCUUACCCGAGAAGCCGCUACAGCUUAUCUGCAGCCCAAAGCCAACACAGGGAAGAUGCAAUGUUUCUGGGGAAUCGUGGCACUUUGAUUCUGCUACUGCUACCUGUAUGCGGUAUUCACCUGGAACGUGUCCAAAUGGAUCAAACAAGUUUCGUUCCUGUGAAAAGUGCAUGAAGACUUGCACAAAUCUGAAAGCCAAGGAGAGCUGCCGCAUUCUCAUGGAAUAUUAAUCCAGGCCACUUGAAUUGAAAUAAAUGUACGUCCACAGAGAGUCAAACACAUCGAACGGCAGUGUGAUUGGGAAAAAGUUGUGCCUCCUCAAUAUACUACAGUGAUAUUUU